AUGCCUGCAUCAGUGAAUUACCGUGUCGUUGAACCGCAUCCGUCGGUCCCUCAUACCAGCCGCCCUGCUCUGCACACGGCUCGCGGAGGCGCUGGCAAUGUCAUCAACCUGAAGGGCACCAAGACCACCGACUCUCGCUCGGCUACUGGUCCUGCCUCUUUGACCCGCUUGGACUCGAAUGUCCCCAGCACCUUCAAGUCCGGUCGUGGCGGUGCCGGCAACGUCCACAGCAGCAGCGAACGCGCCAUCUUCAGCUUCGACGAGGAGCUUGAGCGUGAUCUCCGCCGUGCCGCUCCCGUCUACCACGUCGGCCGUGGUGGAGCCGGCAACAUGGUCUUCAGCGACGACUCCUCCAGCACCCUCAGCCGCAAGUUCUCCGGCAGCAGCUCGAGCAGCUCCGGUUCUGCUCGUGAACGGGCUCUCCGCGGUCUUGAGAAGGGCUGGGGCAAGCUCAGGGGCAUGGCAUAG